CUCCAUCUGCUAGAUGUGGAUUCACAAGUCCGUACAACAAUUCUGAACUACUGUACGUAUGUACAGUGGGUUCCACUCAGUGAUGUGGUCGUGGCACAGAACAGAGGCAAUUUGUGUGUUUGGUAUAAUAUCGACUCACCUGAAAGAGUUACCAUGUUUCCUAUCAAGGUAGGCGGUGCAAAGUUAAUUAUAUAUCUUAGUCGAUUCGGUUCACUGUUCAAUAUUUAAGAUAAUUUAUGUGAAAGCUUUGAAUAUGUUUUUCUAGGGAGAUAUCGUUGAUCUUGAAAGGGCGGAUGGGAAGACAGAAGUUCUUGUGAAUGAAGGCGUCACUACUAUAUCAUACACUUUGGAUGAAGGCUUGAUUGAGUUUGGCACAGCUGUUGAUGAUGGUGACUUUCCAAGGUUGGUCGCUCCAGCAAGCUUUCCUUUUGAGGGGGUCGCGAGAAGUCAUGCGAGAGCAGCACGCGAAAGGAGACGUGAGUGCGCGUUAGCUCGCGGCUCGCCUCGCUCGCCGUAAAAGGAGAGUUUGCUAACAGGCUACAUAUUUUAGGUCUCGCAUUUCUAUUCAAAUUACACCCCUCCCUCUUUUUUUCCCAUAUGCUCAUUGUUAACAUCUUAUGGAAAAGGUGCUGAGGUAUCAAUAGAAUGAAUCUUGAAUAAUUAUGCCAUGAUUAUCCAAGAUUCAGCUAUAUCAUUGCAAGCGACCAGAGGAGCCCGCAAGCCUAAUCUCCUGGUCACAGUUACCCAUGCGCGGCACGUAUGUAGCCGUGUGGACUUACACUAAGAAUGAAUGGAAUGUAUAGAACGCUUUCUGAUAACGCAAGUUUUGGUCUUCUAUCUAGUGGCGCAGAUUGGAGCAAGAGCGUUUUGACCUUCGAUCUCGCCCGCACCCUUAAACCCUUUGGUUAUUACUGGUUUAUUUUUAUGUUAUGGGAUGAACUUUGUAGGCUUUUAAGAGUCUUAUAGAUGAAGAAAGCAGACUGCUCUGAGACCUUCUGUUUUCUCUUUAGAGAUCAUUUAGUCCGCUUUCGAAAAUGAAAACCCGGUGGGGAUUUAGUGACGGCUAAUGGAUGGGCUUGAUAAGGGUUUAGUUAUUUUGUUGUGGUCAACUAUUAAUGGCUAAUCACUUUUCAAUUUAGGCGGAUUAAAUAUUAGUUAACCCUUGCUGCCAGAAGACGGUUGAUAAAUCAUCGUCUCUUUGCUCGCUAUCUUGGCUCACCACCAUGACUUUUUUUGAUUGUAGAUCAGAACCGUCUCGGCUUUGUUGCCCAUAGCAUAAGUUCAGCCACCCUUCCCCUGAAUUUUUUUUUGCGGGGAGGGGCCGGCUGUUGCCCACAGUUCACGUAAAAAUUAAGAAGACAACUUGAAGGCUGUGCCAUUUUUGCUGACUUAAAAGGUACUGUGUCUUUUCAGGGCUGUUGCCUUCCUUGAAAGCUUAGAGAUGUCAUUAGAAACAGAGGCUAUGUGGAAAACAUUGAGUCGCCUCGCUCUGGAGGCGAGGCAGUUGCAUAUUGCUGAACGGUGUUUUGCUGCUCUGGGUGAUGUUCCAAAAGCAAAGGCUUUACGUCAGAUUAACAAAAUCGCCGAGCAAACUGCUGAAGAAAUGGUGAGCUCUGUUCAUAAUCAGCCUUUCUGUUCUUUAGCGAAACGUUUAACACUGUUUCUUUUCCUUUGGUGUCCAGAGUUAACCAUUUGUUUUAUUUCUAGGGAGGUGAUGGUACAAACCACGUUCGAGUUCGAGCGAAGCUUGCAGUGCUAGAUAAGAACUUUAAGCUGGCUGAGAGUAUUCUUCUCGAGCAAGGCUAUGUGGAUGAAGCUAUAGAAAUGUAUCAAGAACUGCAUAAAUGGGAUGAAGCUAUUGCUGUGGCUGAUGCUAAGGUAUAAGGGAAGGGAGAGUGGUGGAUGCUUUGGGUAUGUACAAGGGAAAGAGGGGCAUUUCGCCUGUCUAAACAGGGGUGGGAGGCAUUUUUACGAGAUAACAAGUUAUAGGGGUGAAAACAAUGGAUAACAAAUUGGACGAUGCUCUGUAGGGGAUGUUCUGCAUUAGAUCGUACUGUGCAUAUAUCUGGUGGGUGGGCAUGGGGACAUUUUUUCUAUGCCAGAUGUGUAGAUUGAAAGGUAUGAGAGUGGGGAGGGUUGAGAAGUAGAGAAUGCUCUGCAUUACGUUAUAAGAUGCUCAUAUGUGAGGGAUGGGAAGGGGGAGAUUUAUGCUCCCCAUGAUGUUACAAGAGAGUGAGGCAAGACGACUUACUACGUUUUUUCCUUUUGACCUAAAUACUCGAAUACCUCGAACAGCAUUGACCCAAACUACCAUAGUAGAUCCAAAAAGUAAUACCUGUCUACUUGUCUUGUACAUUAGCAUGAUCAUUUCAGUAUUUAUAUUUUUAUUAAUUUUUUUUUUAUAUCAGGGCCAUCCUGAGCUGGAGAAUCUACGGGCUGCACAUUAUCAGUGGCUCUCAGAGACAGCUCAAGAGGAGAAAGCAGGCGAGGUGAGUUGGCGGUUUUACUUCGGGCACUGCCUAGUAGCUGCAUUUGAAGUCUUGUCGGUUUUGUAUUGGUUUUCGACAUUUCUCUUUCAGUGCCGGAUCCAGACCUUGAGAUUAGGGGUGGGCGGUCAUCCAGACCCUGAGAUAAGGGGGAGGGGGUAGUCUCCCAAAAUUUUUUCUCGGCCCUACGGACCUCAGUUUGGUCUAAAAAUAAGAGGAGGGGGCGGGCUCCCCUAGCCCCUCCCCCAGAUCCGCCGCUGUCUUUGCUUGACUUUAUUUUUUUUGACUCUUGUGUCCAGGUGAAGGAAAGAGAAGGGAACUCUACUGAAGCUGUAAAUCUGUACCUGAAGGCUGGUCUGCCCGCUAAAGCUGCACGGCUUGCAAUGAGUAGAGAGGUAUGCCCUUAUGUGGACCAGAUAUAUUCUCACCCACCCCUAUUUUCCUCAGACAGUGUAUCGUUUUAGACAUAUUUGGCAUCGUGCCCACGCUAUAUUGGGGAUUUUGAAGCUUCGCGUGAGACUGGGUCGGAUUUGUAUCGAACUACAGUAUUGGACUGUUUUGGACUCGAUCUCGCGUCUUUUAUCGGCUCUUGCGUGCUGGCGUAGAAAACUGGGUCAAAAUUCGUCCCUUAAAACACACUGUCUCAAAAUGGUCAAUGAUGAAAAGUGAAUUACAAGUUUCUAAAACGAUAUGCUACGCAUCCUUGAGACGAGAGAUCUGAGAAUAAUUACGUUCCAUUAUUGAUACCGAUCUGUCUUCUGCAGUUUAUGCUUCAUAAAAAGAUUUUCAAUUUGGAAGGAAAACGUAAAGGAAACAUAUUUGUCUAUGGAAAGAAAACGAAUCCUUUUAAGUAAUAGUAUUGAUGGGAUAAAUUCUCUUGAACGAUACUUUCAUGGUCACUGAAACAGUAAAGCUACCGUAAGGCCCCUCUGCAAGCAACAGAGUGUAGACAGGUUAUUCUUGGUUUCAACCAUGUGUCGAGGCAGUAAUGUUGGUGGUUAAAAGAAUUUACUUGAAAAUGGAGUUUAGUUCCAGACAUAGAAAAAUGCUCUUGUUCUUGACCACCGACAUGUUCGCCAUAACGUCACAUACAAACCAACAAUUCCCUGCUCCAAAAACUUUCGGCGCAACGAUUGCUGGGAUGGUUUGGUUGGACAAGUGCUAGUUUUGAUUGCUUGAUGGUAUUCAAGACAACCGUUAACCAUUUAUGAGUGAUACUUGUCCACCAAACAAUCUCAAAAAUCGUUGCGCCGGAAGCUUGUAGUUUCUGGAAUGGGGAAUAAACUGCAAUGCUUUCUUUACCGUGAUAGGAGCUGAUGAAUUCAUCGGAGUUACUUGAGAGAAUCGCGGCUGCGCUUCUUAAGGGAGGACUGUACGAACAGGUGUGUGCCUUA